GGGAUAAAACUUGCAUUCCCUGUGAUAGGCUUGCUGUCGUCUGUGUUGUUUCAGCGGUUGUAAAGCUGCGCUGAGAGUGAUCUCGACAAUUAGAGUAGACCAGAGCGCGUUGAAGAAAAAAACUAUAGGAAGACUUCUUGAAAAUAUUUCUUUGGGAGUCCUUUGCACCUCUAGCUAAGGAUUUCACUAUUUAAGUUAAAGGCAAGGGCAUAUUUGGAAAAGAGGCUAGGCUAUUGCUUCGUGGUUCGCAGUUGGGAGAUCCGAAUACACCUGACCUAUCUAUCUACCUAACGUUACCCCAGCAGCGGUUCCCACUGUCUUUAUUUGAUGCUGUUGGAGUGAAAUAACGGUAUGAACUUGAAGAAAACAGACACGGAUUAAACAUUUUUCUCUUCGACAGUAACUUCAUUAUCUACUUGCAGAUUUUUUGAGAAAUUAUCUAAUAAAACAGUUUCAGCGUGAAUAUCUACAAUGGCUUUUUUGUUACGGAAUAUCACACUCCCUUACGGACAAUAGCACGGUGCUUUUCUGGAUUCUGGUAACCUUAACUUGGCAAUAUUUAUUUUGCGUGUAAUACUAUUCUCGCGGAUCUAACAGACAUUCUGAUACUGCGUUCCUGAAAGCAAUUCUUCCCGAAGAAAUAAAUCCCACUGCGGUGAAGUAUCCAAACAGCACUGAAGAACCAUCCGGUGAUAGCCUGUGUGGCAAGUUUACGCAGCUCUCCAUACGCGUGGUGUCUCCCAACUCACACCCCCAAGGGAAGAAAAAGGCAUAUUUCCUGUGGGCCACAUCCGAUGGUAGUCAGGACGGCCUGAUAUUUGUAUGGGUCUUUCUCAUCAUCCAAAGCUGCUGAGGCAGUCUCAUCGCCCUGGGUGGACCACACAGACCCAUCAACUCUAACAGACAGCCAGUCCACUUGCCUCCUGACUACACCGCUAACAUCAAAGCUCUCUGUCAGCUUGUAGCCUUUGGGCUCCUCUUUUCCUUCUCGGUCCUUACUGGGGGAUGUCUGUAAUCUAACUGCCCGUGGCCAACUAACUACUAGACCAGAACUGCCGUACUCGGGGCUCAGGGGCACCAUGGAAGACUAUGACGUGCGUUCAGCGGCCAGCAUCCUGGCCUCGGUGAAGGAGCAGGAGGCUCGCUUCGAGCGUCUGACCCGCGCCCUCGAGGAGGAGCGCCGCAACGUCUCGCUGCAGCUGGAGCGCGGCAACCUGCCGGGGGACCGCAUGGGCGGCUGCACUGGCGCCGCCAGCCAGCCGCUCGCCUGGCAGCAGGUGGUGAUGCAGGAGCAGAGUCCCAGUAAUCAGACGUCUCUGGCCAUGAUGCAGGAGCCGCAGGAGAUGGUGGAGGAGAUCGUCACCGUAGAGGAGGACCCGGGCACGCCCACCUCCCACGUGUCUGUGGUCACCUCCGAGGAUGGAACUACACGCCGCACAGAGACCAAGGUGACCAAGGUCAUCAAAACGAUCACGCGCCGCACCUACCUGCCUGUGGCCACGGCCGACUGCCUCGCUGACUCCAAACUGACCACACCCAUACCCACGCCCUCCCCAACGCCCAGCCCAUCCGAGGCAGACUCAGUGACUAAGUCAGUGAAGACGGUGACCACGCGGACGGUCCGGCAGGUUCCGCUGGGGCCAGAUGGCCUCCCGCUGCCUGAGGGCUCCUCGCCGCUGGGCAGCUACACGGACUCCAUCGACAGGCGCUACCUGAAGAACGGCGACCGCUACAUCACGCCACAUGCCAGCUCCACACUCGGUCGCCCUUACAACAACAACUCCUCCUACAUCAGUGCCGACUCGUACGCCGACACGCCCAACAGCCAGUAUGGUGGCGGCAGCGUUAGUGGCCACCACUACGGCCUGCACGAUGGCUACAGCGACCUGGCCGACAACUAUGGCAGUCUGUCGCGCGGCCUCAACUACCGCCCCCCGGCGCGCUACCCGCCCUACAUGGCCGGUGGCUACCGGCCCGAAAACAGCUACACGCUGCCCAUCCGCAAGGACGACUAUGGCCAUGUGGCGCAGCCGCAGGUGCCCAUGGGCAGCAGCAGCGUGGACCUGAAUCGCUCGCAGCCCGAGCGCUUCCAGCCUGAGCCCUACGGCCUGGAGGACGACCGCCGCAGCCUGGGCCCCGAUGACGAGGAGCCCUACGAGUUGGAGCCCGACUACUCCACUGCCAAUCGGCGCACCCUGGGCGGAGCUGACCGCGGGCGCACCAUGCGGGAGCCAAUCAGAGAUGGACCCCGUGUCAGAGGGGCUUAUGACGACCCUAUUGAGUCAGAGAUGAUCGACGAGCGCCACCCGUACAUCCAGGGCAUGUACCCGGCACCACUGGCACAGCCCGAGCGCGGCAGCAUGGCCAGCCUGGACCGCAUGGCCACCAUGGACCGCAUGGCUACCCUGGACCGCAUGGCUACCCUGGACCGCAUGGCUACCCUGGACCGCAUGGGUGGCCGCCGCUCGCCCUCCGUGGACAGCAUCCGCAAGGACCCGCGCUGGCGAGACCCGGACCUGCCCGAGGUCAUCGCCAUGCUGGAGCACCAAAUCGACCCGGUCAAGUCCAACGCCGCCGCCUACCUGCAGCACCUGUGCUACGAGAACGACAAGAUCAAGAAGGAGGUGCGCCACCUGAAGGGCAUCCCCGUGCUGGCGGGCCUGCUGGACCACCCCAAGGCCGAGGUGCACCGCAAGGCCUGCGGCGCGCUGCGCAACAUCUCCUACGGCAAGGACAACGACAACAAGGUGGCCAUCAAGAACUGCGACGGCAUCCCCGCGCUCGUCCGCCUGCUGCGCAAGACCAACGACAUGGAGGUCCGCGAGCUCAUCACAGGAACACUGUGGAACCUGUCGUCUUACGAGCCCCUCAAGAUGGUGAUCAUCAACCACGGCCUGCAGACCAUGACCAACGAGGUCAUCAUCCCGCACUCGGGCUGGGAGGGCGAGCCCAACGAGGACUCCAAGCCGCGUGACGUCGAGUGGACCACCGUCUUCAAGAACACGUCCGGGUGCCUGAGGAAUGUGAGCUCAGAUGGUGCUGAGGCCAGGCGUAGGCUCCGGGAGUGUGAGGGGCUGGUGGACGCGCUGCUCCAUGCCCUGCAGUCUGCCGUGGGCAAGAAAGACAUGGACAACAAGUCUGUGGAGAACUGUGUGUGCAUCAUGAGGAACCUGUCCUACCACGUGCACAAGGAGGUGCCCGGGAACGAGAAGUUCCAGGACCCGUCGGCCCCACAGGCCCCCGGCUCGGCGGGCACCCAGAGGAAGAAGAAGGACGACGCCGGCUGCUUCGGGGGCAAGAAGGCCAAAGAGGAGUGGUUUAAUCAAGGGCGGAAAAACGGCGAGAACGACAAAAGCUACGACACGCUGGAUCUCCCCAAGCGUACGGAACCAACAAAAGGCUUUGAGCUGCUGUACCAGCCGGAGGUGGUGCGGCUCUACCUGUCUCUGCUCACCGAGAGCCAGAACUACAACACACUGGAGGCCGCCGCUGGAGCUCUGCAGAACCUCAGCGCUGGACAGUGGACUUGGUCUAACUACAUCCGUGCCACAGUCCGCAAGGAGAAAGGCCUGCCCAUCCUGGUGGAGCUUCUCCGCUCCGACUCCGACAAGGUAGUGAGGGCAGUGGCCAUUGCACUGCGUAACCUGUCCAUCGACCGCCGGAACAAAGACCUUAUAGGGAGUUACGCCAUGAGGGACCUAGUCAGCAACCUGCCCAGUGGCCAACAGCGACCAGCCAAGAACCUGGAGGAGGACACGGUGGUGGCCAUCCUCAACACCAUCCACGAGAUCGUGACAGACAGCUCGGAGAAUGCCCGCUCACUCAUCACGGCGCAGGCUAUCGAGAAGCUGGUGGCCAUUAACAGGACGAGCCAGUCCCCACGGGAGAACAAGGCUGCCUCCCACGUGCUGCAGACCGUUUGGAGCUACAAGGAUCUGCGGAACGCCCUGACCAAGGAUGGCUGGAACAAGACCCACUUCCAGCAGCCCACGGCGGCUGGCGUUCCCAAGGGCUCCAAGGGCGGCAAGCCCGGCUACGACGACACAACCCUGCCCCUGAUGGAGAAAAACCAAGGCAACAAGAAAUGUGGCAGUGGUGAUAUGAUACCUCUGGACGAGCUGGGUCCAGAUGGCUACUCCACCAUCGACCAGAGGGACAAAGAGUGCAAGUACAAGACGGGAGACGGCUCGGGGGACACCACAGAGAGGGAACCCUUGAAGAAUGACACAAAUAGGAAACACUAUAUCAGGAGCAACAGGCCCGCGAUCAAUCUGGUGGAUGCUUGCGAUGUUAAACCUCAGCCUGUUGACUCCUGGGUCUAAAUGCAUGCAUGGCCUAAAUAGCAACAUCUCAACUAGAAGAGGAUCUCGCAUACCACCACUGCCAUAAGUCACGGACCUCGAUUCGACUCGAGUCGACUCAUCAGCAGACUAAAUGAAAGAGAGUGAAAGAAAAAAUAAAACAAACAAUCAUCCAGCAGCCAAUGUUUCAUGCUUUUCAGCAAAAUAUAUGACAAAAAAAUACUUUUAAAAGAAACGAAAAACACUUAAACUUUCCAUAUCUACAUUCCCACUGGACAUAGAAGAAGUUCUCCUUUACUGAUGGGUGCUGUUGGUUCAGAUGGAUUGAAAGGAGCAGCGUUGGAGAUACGAAGGUGAAUUCAGGGAAGAUAUGAUGGACGUGUGCUUGAAUGAAAUGGGGCGGGGGACAGAAGAAGAUUUUUUUUUUUUUGUGAUGUUGAUCUGAAGGUUAUGACAUUUUUGCCUCAGUUUUUUUUUGUUUGUAUGUGUUUCAGCAUAUUCUUUUUUGUGCUGAGGCAUACAUUUCAAAUUAGUGAAAUUAGCUUUUUUCAUGUUCUUUUUCCUUUUUUUUUGGUUGGUUGUUCUGUUUUGCUUUUUUUCUGUUUAUAUUGGAUUCUUCCUUCUCGUUUGGAUUUUCAGAUUUGAUGGACUGUGGUGAGGUGGGACUUGGUGUUGGUAGAUGUUGAAGGGUUGAAGAAUGUUUUGUGGUUUGAGUUUUUUGGGGGGUGUAAAGGAAGCUUCUAGCUAUAUGACAAGGGCACUGGGAAGGACGAGUAUAUAAUGACAAUACAGACUAAUGCCAUUUCAUAAACACACUCUGCAUACAUCGUUUCACUGUGUUUCUUUUCACUCUUCAAGUGAUGGUUCAAGUUUUGGUGUGUGGAGUGAGUUUGGGGACUCAAGUUCCCCUCCAUCCAAAUAAGAGAUUUUUUUACAGUCACACGUACCAGUCAGACGUGCAAAACACAGGAAAGCUUGCUUGUAUUGUGAGAUUUGUGCCACGGGUUGCACGUAACCAAACAGUCAGCAUGACAUUUUUUGGGUCAAGAUGUUUCAGAUUAGCAGGAAUCUUGGUUGAUUGCCAUGUACCUUACAAAUUGCCACGAUCCUGGUUGAAUGCCAUGUGUGCUUUUUCAAUGAGAUGUUCAAGAGGAGAAAAAGAGACUGAAAUUGUGUUUGUACAGAGUUUGUGUGAAGAGAGCCAAGAGGAAGUACACAAUCUGAAUCAAAGGGUAGAUUUUAAAGCAUUUUCUAUUUUUGUUGGUUUUAUAAAUGUAUAUUAGAAUCUGAAAAGAUGAAAAAGAAGAAAAAAACAAUAUACAAUCUUGAAACUGUCUAUACAUUGUCAGGUGGAAAUCCAUAACAUUUCAUUUUGGGAGUGCUUUCUGUGCAUAAAGCAUCACCAUAUUUGUAAAGAGAAAAACAAACAAAAAAAAUGAAAUAGUUGCUUAUCAAACAUGUGGAGUCAUGCUGAGUACCUAUUUAUAUUUUGUAUUUUCAAAAAGAAAAAAUGAAGAAAUUGAAUCUCAAACUCUCUUUUAAGAAGUGGAAGAAGAAUUCAUUCUUGAAUUUACAUCAUGGCUGCCAAAAACUCACCAAGAUGGUGGACAGACUUGACCCUUCGCUCAUGAAUGACGUAUGCAAAGGUGGGGGACAGAUCAGGGGUAGACCGAUAAACAGGCAAGCAAUGUCAAGAGUCACAUUUCACUGCCGUCACGCAAACUUUUGCUUAGGCCAUCACAGUACAGACAUUGUGCUUUGAUAUCGUCGGUGCAUCUGAACGUAACUGAUGCAAGCAUGACAAAAAUGUAAAGAUGUUUAUGUUAUUUCUGUUUUCUGAGUGCUGGGGGUUUUUUUUGUGGUGUAAUUGAAUAUAAAGUCAUUCUUCACCAGAAAGAACAAGUAAACCCAGGGCAGUGUCUUAGCCCAUGUAGUUGAUAACAUGCUAACAUGUAAUGGAUAGAAGAAUCUUAGCAAUUGAGACAAUAUUGUAUCUUGUUUAACAUUCUCUCCCGUGAGAGAGGCUGAACAAUUGACGCGUUCACUAGAGAGUCUGAGAAUCGGCUAAAAAAGGGACAAGAGGUGAAAAAAUAAACUGUACACAUCACGAACGAACGGCUCUGUAUUUGGAUUCUCCCUCGGUCUUCAAGUGGACACCCAGUCUCCUCUAGACACAUCAAUCCAUGUGUGAGCUAGGCAAAUGGCAUGUGCCUGCAUUGAAGUCUGAGUUUUUUUGUUUUGGUUUUUUCUUUGUGACGUGACUUUGUAAAGCUUGCCGUUUUUUCUACAUAGUGUUAACAGAGACUUCUAAUGAUACAAAAUACAGUAUGUGUAUUAACUUUUUAAUUUUAAGAGAAAAUCAAAUGUGUGCUAUCCCCAUGUUACAUGGUCUUCAGUCCUGUGUACUUACACUGGUCAACUCAUCUCUCUUUAUUCCUGGCUGCCUUUCUGCAGUGUACAACCAAAGCAGUUUGGCUUUGUUAACAUAUAUACAGUACAGUACAGCACAUGCAAGAGAAGUCUAUAAGUGUGUUUGAGGGCAUUUAAUCAGAGUGUAUAUUUAUAAAAACACAAGUUGGGCUGGACAUACGAUAUGACAAAGACCAGGAGAGCAGAGUCAGAACUAGAAGGACCUACCUUUGUAGAUAUCACUAAUUCAAGGCGUCAGAGUAAAGUAAUUGUACAGCUUGGUAGCAAAUGUGUUUGUUACUAUCACGUGCCUUAACCUUUUUUCCAUGUUAGGUCAAAAAAAAAAAAAAAAGAUUAACAAUGUGUUUUCUAUGCUGUUUGUUGUGUCCUCUUUACCUGUUUUGUCAUUGCUCAUCAGCCCUCUGCGUCCUCCUCUUUCUCCUUUCCUUUCAGCAUCUCUCUCUCUCUCUCUCUUUUCCCUACCACUCCUCCUCUUCUUCCCUCACACUCACACAUUCACUCUCUGUCCUCAGUGUAGUGUAGACCUUUGGUGGGUUUUUGCCUUGUAUUACAAUGUAUUAUAAACUUUCAAAAAGAUAGAGACAUUAAGAAAGGGUUUGAUUUAAUAGAGGAGUAAGUUGUUAAUGCUUUGUUAGCGUUAAGAGAGAGAAAACAAUGCCACAGUGACAGAAUGUAUCAUGUUAAUUUUACUAAUACCAAGAAGAAAUAAAAGCAAUGAAAAUACAGGUUUGUAGAGUAAUUUGGUGUGUUUUCAAUAAAUCAUGCCUGGAAAGAA